CAAGCUGGGGUCCAGAUGGGCAAUGCUUGCUGGGAAUUGUAUUGCCUGGAGCAUGGGAUUCAGCCGGACGGAGUCAUCCCUGACAAUAAGGAGGAGCACCCAGGAGAUGCCAAGGAGAGGAAAGGAAAUAGUACUUUCGAGACCUUCUUCUGUGAAACAGGAGGCGGGAAGAACGUCCCCAGAGCGGUCUUCAUCGACAUGGAACCCAGCGUUAUAGAUGAGAUCCGCAAAGGGAAGUACCGGUCGCUCUUCCACCCAGACCAGCUCGUCACCGGGAAGGAGGAUGCGGCUAACAACUACGCCCGAGGCCACUAUUCCCUUGGGAAGGAAAUGAUUGACCCGGUGCUCGAGAGGAUCCGCAAAAUGACUGAACCAUGCCACAGUCUGCAAGGCUUCCUGAUCUUCCACAGCUUUGGAGGGGGCACAGGCUCCGGGUUCACAUCCCUCUUAAUGGAGCAGCUCUCUGUAGAGUACAAGAAGGAAGCUAAACUGGACUUCUCAAUCUACCCAGCCCCCCGGGUCUCUACCGCCGUGGUGGAGCCCUACAAUUCCAUCCUGACCACCCACUCCACCCUGGAGCACUCAGACUGUACCUUCCUGGUGGACAACGAGGCCAUCUACGACAUCUGCCGCCGGAACCUGGACAUCGAGCGGCCCACCUACACCAACCUCAACAGGCUGAUAGGACAAGUCGUGUCUUCCGUUACCGCUUCCCUCCGGUUUGAGGGGACCCUGAAUGUGGACCUGAUCCAAUUCCACACCAACCUGGUUCCCUACCCCAGGAUACAUUUCCCUCUAACAUCGUUCGCGCCCAUCAUCUCCUCAGAGAGGGCCUACUUCAAGCAGCUGUCCGUGGCCGAGAUCACCGCCACCUGCUUCGAGCCCCACAGCCAGAUGGUCAGGUGCGACCCCCGGAGGGGCAGGUACAUGGCCUGCUGCAUGCUCUACCGGGGCGACGUGGUGCCUAAGGACGUCAACGUGGCCAUCGCCGCCGUUAAAUGCAAGAAGUCGGUGCAGUUUGUGGACUGGUGUCCCACCGGGUUCAAGGUGGGCAUCAAUUCCCAGCCUCCAGUGGCGUUGCCCGGAGGAGACUUGGCAACAAUCCAGCGGGCUACCUGCGUACUGAGUAACACCACAGCCAUUGCCGAGGCCUGGGCCCGGUUGGACCACAAGUUUGAUGUGAUGUAUGCCAAGAAGGCCUUUGUGCACUGGUACCUUGGAGAAGGGAUGGAGGACGGGGAGUUUGAGGAGGCCAGGGAUGACUUGGCUGUACUGGAGAAGGACUAUGAGGAAGUGGGAAAGGAUCUUGAUGAAGGAGAGAUGGUGAACCAAGAUGACUAUUAAGUGACAGUGCCCCAGACAGCACGAUCAUGUAGCUAGUGGAUUAGCCCCCAUUUUUUAAAGGGCAAAAAUGUAAAGUCAGGAAAUUCCAUGCCCAGUUCUUUUUCUUGAUAUAAGACCAGUUAUGACA